AGGCGCGAAGGCGGCGCAAGGCGCGAGGCCGCGGUGCCUGAGGCGCGGCGCCGGCCGGUGUCGUGUGCUCCGCGCUCUCUGCAUCGCUUCCCCAUGGAGCUGGAGGAUGACUUCGAUGUUUUGGAUCCAGAGAGAUUAAUACAAUGUCCAUAUAAUAAACAUCAUCGAAUCAGAGCCUGUCGGUUUCCCUAUCACCUGGUAAAGUGUAGGAAGAGCUACCCUAAAGUUGCAAAGGAAUUGGCCACGUGCCCCUUCAACGCUCGCCAUCUAGUUCCUCGAGCUGACCUCAGCGGUCAUAUAACGAAGUGCAGUGACAGAGGGUUCAUUGAGCAAGAUGUAGUGAAUCAGUCCUCUGACUUCAAGAGAGAACAGAUGAAUGCUGUGAGCACGUGGCAGGCACCUCCAUGUGAUGAAGACUGGGAAGCAGAAUUGCUGGAGCAGUCAGAGUCUCCUUUUAUUUGGGGCAUGUGCAACUCUGGCAUAAACAGUUCCAGGACCACCUUUGAGCAAAAGAAUUGCUUGCCUUCAAGAGUACGUGCCCCUGAGUCCUUCCCAUAUACUGUAUCAUGGAAAGGCUAGACUUCUGCCUUCGUUGAAAACAUCCUGAUCACGCCUUUGAAGCUUCAAGCCUUGACGUUGUCACAUGAGUGAGCCCGUGGUGCUUCAGGUCAUAUGUUAAUGGGGAAUCCUCUGUGACUUCUUUACAAUAUGAGUAAUACCAAGCAGGGGAAGUUUAAAGAGUACACCUAAGUGCUCAUCUAGUUUCCAUUAGAGUUUUUAAGUUUUCUAACACAUAAAACAUGUUUGAGGUUCUAACAUAACCGGUCUCUGUUGGGGAGGGUGGAGGCAGGAAUAGUUUAAGUCACUCAGAAUACAUAUUUGGGUCUGUGUAAAUGUUUGGCUUAAGCAGUGUAUUUCUAAAAGCAGAUGCAAAGUUAAAAACAGGAUCUAAAUAUACAAAGAAUUAAGAAACCACAUCUGGUAUUUGUCAAGAAAGAAAUGCUUUUCACAUUUUGAAAAGUAUGUUCCUCAAAGUACUAGAUUUUUCCCAUUUGUAUUCCUAUCAGUGUAACACAAUACAUGUGGAAUAGAAUGUACAAAAUCAGGCUUAUUUUAAAGUUCAGUUCUGUUAAGGUUCUUGUUGGUAAUUUAGAAUAAAAAAGUUAUGAAUA